GUGUCCCAGGUCGCCGCCUGCCGUGCGCGCCGCCGCUCCGCUUCCGGCGCCAUGAGGACCCGGCUUCCGACUUGCACAGUUCUGCUCCUGGUAGGCGUCGCUGCCUGGGCGGGAGAGGAGGCAGAGAGCUCUGAUGGUGAAGCAUUCAACCAAGAUGUUGCUGAGCGCUCGUCCUGUCGAGUGUUGCCCGAGGGAGGCCGGACGAGGAAGAGGUCGCCCCUGGACGCCGCCCCCGUGGGUGGUCUGCCGGCGGUGCUGCCCCACGGCCUCUCCUCGGUGGAGCACCACGGGCCCAAGGCGGCAGAGGCGGCUGGCGUGGUGUCCACGCACUCGGCGGUCAUCUCUCACGGCAUCGAGCGUGUGGUGGCACACGGACCCAGCGCGCCUCUGGUGGUGCCGGUGCCACUGCUGCACGUGCUCACCAAGGUCACCAAGACCUCGCUGACGGUGGACCACGGCGGGCCGAGCUCGGUCCCGCGCGCCAGCCACGUCACCGUGGUCACCGGUCUGGUGCACCACGUGGUGGUGGCACCCGUGGUACAUGAGAACAUGUUCCACUCGCACCUGGGCGGCCACGGCGAGGGACUGGGCUUCGGUGGACACGGCAGUGGCCAUGGCUUCUUCGUCUAGCGCACGACCGGAGUUGCCGCUCCACGUGCCAGCGACGCCAACGCGGGUACCAACCUGCAGCACCAUGUGGUGGUGGCACUUCUGUCACAUGACAACAUGUUCCGCUCGCACCUGGGCGGCCACGGCGCGCCACUGGGCUUCGGUGGACACGGCAGUGGCCAUGGCUUCUUCGUCUAGCGCUCGACCGGAGUUGCCGCUCCAUGUGACAGCGAUGCCACCGCGGGUACCAACCAGCAGCACCAUGUGGUGGUGGCACUUCUGUCACAUGACAACAUGUUCCGCUCGCACCUGGGCGGCCACGGCGAGGGACUGGGCUUCUGUGGACACGGCAGUGGCCAUGGCCUCUUCUCUUAGCACGUGGCCGGAGUUGUGUGCCAACCCACCUAUAGUAUACCAUGUGGAGGUGGUGCCUCGACCAGUAUAACUAUAUUCUGCUAAAAAAAUUAAUAAAAACAUUUAGUGAAUAAAUCUUGACAAUAAAAAUAAUAAAAAAAUAUUUUUCUUAAAACAUACGAAAUUUAUCGUAGGCUGUGAGUUACUGAAAAUUUGUUUGUAAUAAUGGUCACUUCCUAUACACCAUAAAAGUUUUGGACAAAUUUAUGCAAUUUUACAGAAAAACCUAUUGUAAAUAUUUAUUAAAUUAAAUUUAACAUAUUUUUAGUGUAUCUGCAACAUUGUGAGUUUCAUGACUGUAGUAAUUGUCUUUUAACCAAGUUGUCAUGGCAGCAAUUGUCCACAGAUAUGUUUUCUUUUCACAACUGGGAGGUCACAAAGAAAAUUCAGGCUUUGCUGGCUAAGUUAGAGCCUAAAACAUAUUCAUGGGGUGUACAAGGUUUCUUGGGAUCAAUAAAAUAUGGUCUUGGAA